CACAGACAAAUAGUCUCCAGCUGUGGUUUUUUCAAAAUUCUUUGUAAAACUUUUGGUACAAAAUUUAAAAAUUUUUCUCGAAAUGUUUAAGAGAACCGCUUUAAUUUUACGUCGGUGCUUUCAGCCCACUUUUAUACGGCCUCACCACAUCAAUGUCCUUGAGAACUUUAAGGAAGGUAUGCAGUGAACUCAUAUGCCUGGUUACCACUUGUUACUGUUAAUACUACUUCACAACCGAUGACCUUCCCAAUCAGGGGCAAGCAAAAUUUGUCGAUGUCUCUAUUCACGAUCCGCAACACAUUCGUUCUGCACUCGUCAGUCCAAUGCAACGAAAGUUCUUGCAAGACCUGGAGCAGCAACAGACUGUUAGGAUCAAGUGGUUUAAGGAAGGGAAUCAGGAUGAACUUGAAAACAUGAAAAAUGAAUGCCGGAGGCUAGCUCUAGAAAUCAUCAUGGCUGCUAAAGGUGGCGACAUCAAAAAAGCCUGCAAGGAACUGGCUGAAAAAGAAAAGUGCAAGCAGAUAGAACUGAAAAAGAAAUGCAAGGAAUUGGAGAAGAAGACGAAGUGCGCGAAGAAAGACCCUUGCAAAAAGAAAGAUCCUUGCAAAAAGAAAGAUCCCUGCAAAAAGAAAGAUCCUUGCAAAAAGAAAGAUCCUUGCAAAAAGAAAGAUCCCUGCAAAAAGAAAGAUCCUUGCAAAAAGAAAGAUCCGUGCAAAAAAAAGGGUGGGGACCUAAAAAAGAAGUGCAAAAAAUUGGCCGAAAAGGAAAAGUGCAAAAAACUGGCCAAAAAAGAAAAAAUGAAAAAGUUGCAGAAAAAGUGCAAAAAAAUGGCUCAGAAGGAAAAAUGCAAGAAAAUGGCUAAAAAAGACAAAUGCAAGAAAAAGUGAAGCUUUCGCGGAUUAUUCAAUGAAAUACAUACGUACCUGGUUUAAUUCAUUCAGCUCUGUUCAACGCGGCUUUAUCUAAAAUAUGGUUUUUUCAUAAUAUACAAUACGGCAUUUUACCGAAAAAUUAGAUUUUAUUUAUUUAAAAAAAUAACAAGGGGGAAAACAGUUAAUGAGCAUGUAACCCCCAGCUUUCGAGUAAUGAGUCCGUGGCAAGAUUUCGUCGUUCAUACGGACAGACUGAUAGUCAGACGGUCAUGUUUGUUAAGGAAUCUAUCUAUAUAUAUAUAUAUAGAUUUAUAUAUCAUAUAAAUAAAUAUGAUUU